AUGGUGUUGCGGAACAAGCCUCCCAGAUGGCACGAGCAGCUGCAGUGCUGGUGCUUGAACUUCAGGGGGCGAGUGACAGUGGCUUCAGUGAAGAACUUCCAGCUGAUCGAGGGGGGCGGGCCGGGGAACGACUCUGACAAGCCGUGUUGGUGCCUCAACUUCCGUGGCCGCGUGACAGUAGCAUCAGUGAAGAAUUUUCAGCUGAUAGAGGGGGGCGGGCCGGGGAACGACUCGGACAAGCCGGUGCUGCUGCAGUUCGGGAAGAUUGACAAGGACGCUUUUACUAUGGACUACAGAUAUCCACUCACGGCCUUCCAGAUUGGCAAGGACACGUUCACCAUGGACUACAGAUACCCGCUUACUGCCUUCCAGCUCAUAGAGAGGAGCGGACCGGGGAACGACUCUGAUAAGCCAGUGCUGCUGCAGUGUGGGAAGAUUGGCAAGGACACUUUCACCAUGGAUAACAGAUACCCGCUUACUGACUCCAGGUGGGUAGUGAAGUGCUGUUUCAUGUGGUUAAAAAUCGGUGCUCUGCCAGUGCUGCUGCUGCAGUUUGGCAAGAUCGGCAAGGACACAUUCACCAUGGACUACAGAUACCCGCUCACGGCCUUCCAGGUGGGUAGUGCUGCGUGUUCAGGGUGA